GUCGAGCCAAACAGUUGCUGGGAAUUGCGCAAAUGAACAUAUUUUAAGGCGUUUCACGACAGAAGAUUUGUAAAUACACGAAGUGCCUUUUUUUUUAAUUGUGGUCGAACCAAGCGUGCGUAGCAAUUGCCAUUAAAUGCCAGCUUGGCAAAGCCAGAAAAGGAUUGGAUGAAAAAAGAGGCGAGGAGGUUAACUGCGCUUGUACGGCUCAUUUUCGGCUUCCCUCGUCUGUCGCAGAAGCGACGUGAUUUGGAGGCGAGGAAGGAAAAGGGUCCACCGCCGCCAGACGCGCACAAAGCCGAAAAUGCUUCUUCCUGUUUGCGACGCUGACUGACGGAGCCGCCCCCCCCACUCCACCCCUUGGAGAAAUGGAGCGCACCGGCAGCUAACCCCACCAUGUAAACCACCUCGACGCGGACGACCGUUGCCUCGUCACCGACCGCAGGAGGACGGUUCAGGGCGGGUGGGUGGGCGGUGGGGGGGAGUUUGGACUCCUCCGAACACGCGUCCGCGCUACUCUCGUCAUAACGAAAAUGAGAUGAGGCUCAGAAAUGGAACUGUGGCCACUGCGAUAAUUUUCUUCACGUCUUUCCUCAGCUUGUCCUGGUACACCGCCUGGCAGAAUGGCAAAGAGAAACUGGUAGCAUACCAGCGGGAGUUCCACGCCUUGAAAGAGCGCCUUCGUGUGGCCGAGCACAGGACGCUGCAGCGCUCGUCGGAGCUCAACAACAUCCUUGAGCAGUUUCGGCGUGCCAUUGCCGAAACCAAUAACAGCAAAGAUACCCUCACCACCUUCUCAGAUGAGACCCAGAAACUUUUGAAGGAGCUGGCCAACAGAAAACCUCUCCACGUACCAAACAUCUACCACCACCUGCCUCACCUGCUCAACAACGAGGGCAGCCUCCAGCCCGCCGUGCAAGUCGGCCUCGGACGCACCGGAGUCACCAUGGUGAUGGGGAUCCCCACGGUGAAGCGGAAGGUGAAGUCAUAUCUGGCGGAGACGCUCCAUUCGCUCAUCGACAAACUGUCUUCGGAGGAGAAACUCGACUGCGUCAUUAUCGUCUUCGUUGGGGAGACCGAUGUAGAAUACGUUCAGAGUGUGGUUUCCGGCCUGCAGAAGGAGUUCUCGACAGAGCUCAAUUCCGGUUUGCUGGAGGUCAUUUCACCUCCCGCCACCUUUUACCCAGACCUCAGCAACCUUAAAGAGACAUUUGGGGACUCCAAAGACCGAGUCAGAUGGCGGACAAAGCAGAACCUGGACUAUUCCUUCCUCAUGAUGUAUGCAGUGAGCAAAGGAGUUUAUUAUGUUCAGUUGGAGGACGACAUCGUGGCCAAGCCCAACUACUUUGCCACCAUGAAGAACUUUGCCCUCCAGCUUUCGUCCGAGGACUGGAUGGUCCUGGAGUUUUCUCAGCUGGGCUUCAUCGGAAAGAUGUUCAAGGCCCCGGACCUGAAUCUCAUUGUCGAGUUCAUCUUCAUGUUUUACAAGGAGAAGCCGAUCGACUGGCUGCUGGACCACAUUCUCUGGGUCAAAGUGUGCAAUCCUGAGAAGGAUGCGAAACACUGCGAGCGCCAGAAGUCCAGCCUCCGCGUACGAUUCCGACCCUCCUUGUUUCAACACGUGGGGCUCCAUUCUUCUCUUGCCGGAAAGAUCCAAAAGCUCACAGACAAAGACUUCCUGAAGCCACUUCUCCACAAGAUACACGUCAACCCUCCUGCUGAGGUUUCCACCUCAAUGAAGGUUUAUCAGGGCCAUACGCUGGAGAAGACGUACCUCGGGGAGGAUUUCUUCUGGGCCAUUACGCCCACGGCGGGAGACUACAUCCUCCUUAAAUUCGACAGACCCAUCAGCAUAGAGCGGUUCCUGUUUCGCAGCGGUAACCAGGAACACCUUGGGGACAAGAUGCAAAACACCACAGUGGAAAUACUGCCCGUCUCCGAACCUGGACUGCAGACCAAAGAGAAGUACAAACGAACUGAAGACCGCUUCUACAGGAUCGGUCAGUUUGAAAAAGGUGUGGCUGAAGGGGCUGUCGAUCCUUCCUUCAAUCCCAUCCUGGCCUUGCGACUGUCCGUUCUCAAAAACUCGGCCGUGUGGGCCAUCAUCAGUGAAAUGCAUAUAAAGAGGAUAGCAGGCUGACUCGUGCGCAGGGCCCCGUUGAAUGGCGGCCCCCGGGAGACCAAAACCUUGUAGACUGCUCACGUUAGGGCCUCGAGCAGCAGUGAAGUCAUCUGAGCCCACUUGGGGCUCAUCAUUAUUUCUUUAUUUCACCCUUUUCUUCCUGCGUCCGUCACUCUCUUACUUACCUCCAUAGUGAGAAUGUGAAUAGCGCUGUCAAUAGGCAAAAAAAACAGCUGUGUGCGCCUCGGGCCGUGUGACUCAAUCAUCCAGCAACUUUGGAACACAGGCUAAAAAUCCUGACGUCAGUCACCUGCCCACUUGUGUCCAUGCUGCCACUCUCGGGCGUGCUGGGGCAUUGCACUGUUGACUAGCGCCACCAGCUGAUGCCCGUGAUGGUGCCAGGAAUGUAUACCCUAACCCACAAAUGAGGAAAUACCAUGUUAAGACCAACACCAGUCCAAACACACACAAUACUCCAUUAGCUUUAGGAAACAAAAAUUCGGUUUUCGGGUACAGGCGGCCAAAAGUCCUUGAAAGAAAGAGAGAGGGGGGGGGGGGAAAAAGUGAUGAAAACGACACCGCGUCUCGAAAACCAAUCAGGCUUGGCCCCGUUUUUCCAGAAGGAAUAUAUUCCUAUAGUGUUACAGAUACGAUGAUCUAUGAAGGUGACUUAAUUUAUUUGAAAAUAAAUCUUUUAAUUUGUACAAGAAGUACGAUAUAUUUUUUAAUCUAUUCCGAGAUGUUUAUGCUUGUGCGGCAUUUGUUUUUACGUGUUUGCUCGUCUACUGUGCAUUCUCAUGAUUAUUAUUGUAGCUACGUGAGAGCCGUCGGCCCCAUUUCGUUUCACUUGAAGCCGAUCGCCGGUAAUGAUUAUUUUCACAUACCUAAAGGAUUUGAAAGAUGAGAACGGACUCCGUUUUUUGCGCAUCGAUUGUGGAAAAUUGUGCCUUAUAUCAGGUUCCCCAAAAGUUUAGCAGCUAUUUCAAUCACACUUGCCUACACAUCACCGGCUGGAUAUAGUGUUGUUGUUAUUAUUAUUAUUCUUGAAGUGAAAAUAGUGACUACAAGUAUGUGGGACCACAUAGCAUCUUAAACUGCUUGCUUUGCACUGCUUAUUCGUUGUAUCGCUAGUGGGACCGCAGACUUUUCAUUGUACAAAGACUAUUAGAGCCAUGCUAAGAUGGGGGGGAAAAAAUUGAUGAAUUGCGUGAAAUUGUUAACAAACCAAAACCUGGUUUAUCCUCAUAAUAUUGGGUGGGGCAAAAAAAGACACAAAACACUUCAUUCUCAUAAUUGAAUUUUUUUUUCUUGGAUAAUUGCAAGACAAAUUCUGCAUUUUAUUUUUUCUCCCAAAAUAACUUUUUUAUUUUUUUUAUUUUUUUUAUACUUUAUCCUGAAGAGUAUAGGUUUUUCGAUUCAGUAUCACAACUUUAGCCUCGUCAAAUGAAGAUAUUUUUUUUUUCUCCUUAUAACGAUUUUCUUGCUAAAUUACGUAAUUUUUGUUACAAUUUCAAAAAAAUCUUUCAAGUGUGGCACUAAUACUCCUUCAUACCCUCAUUCACUUUUCCCGAUUCACUUAAUGGACUUCAUUUGUCCACUCGUAUCUUGCUUUUGUUUUAUCACGGAAUGUCACGACUACUGAUCGUCUAGGAGUGCACCUUUUUAUCGCAGGGGUUGAACAGGGGAUGUCGAGUUCAUUUACUUAGUGUAAAUAUGACUAUAAAAAAGCAAUGCGCAUUUCUUUCUGUCAGUCUUCCACCUCGCUUAACUAGUUGAUUGAAAUUCACGUCACUUUUUUGUUGUCACUUGCUGACAUUUUAAACACCAGUGGUUUUUCUUCAAGGCAGUAAGGAAGUGCCUUUUGGUGGAAUGGACAGAGCUGUAACUGUGCUGUUUACACGCACAUUUGUACAUACAAUACUUGACAAGUGUGCUUUUGUUGUUUGGCUCAAGCAGACUUCUUGAUUAAACCAUGUGAUGUUUGGACUUUGUCUGGAUCCUGAUCAGAUGUGUUUAGUUUGGAAGUGGACAAGAGCGAGACUCACUCAAAGCUUCUUUCGCUGAAAGCGAAAUGAGACCGGUUGCAACGACAAGAAAAACCCCUGUGAAUGUGUCAAUGGAUAGUAAAGACAGAAAACUAGUUUCAGGCUCGAACCCACCACCCCUCCCCAAAACAUCCUUCGGUUUGUGUGCCUUCAUCGUGUACAUGUUUGUUGCCUGACUCUGCUGAUUUUUUUUGACAUCUUUUUUCAUGGACAUGUUUGAAAUAAAAUCAAUAAAUUGCUUGGGUUUGA